AUGGACAGAGAAUCCCCACCAUUUUUUGAGGUAACACCAUCCGACCGUUCGGGAUGGGUGGUGAUAGUCACAAUCAUCUUCUUGGUCUACUCGAUCCUAGCUGUUGCAGCAAAGAUUGUAUCCCGUAUGCAUCUCACGGCGCUGAGGAGUUUUGACUGGAUUAUCGCGACAGCUGUGCUAAUGGCUAUGAGCCAGUCAGUGCUGCUCGUUAGAUCGUGCUACCAUGGUCUCGGGCAACACGAAGCAGAUCUCCAGGAAUCGUCUCUGACGGCCGCUCAGAAGGAUCUAUACGCCGCCUCGUUGUUAGCAAUUCUUGUUCACGGUCUGUCGAAGGUUUCCGUUAGCAUAUUCAUCCAAGCCAUCAACGCACGCAGUGAUCUGAAGAUCGUCAACCGUGCUCUCUUUGCAGUCAUCGCACUUUGGUCUGCGAUCAGUCUAUUGUUGGCUGCGUUUCGUUGUUCUCUGCCAAAUCCAUGGCAAGAGGGUAAUGAAAGCUGCCUGGAUGCACUAGCUGUGAGUAUAGGGAUUAACGUAUUCAACAUUUUAACGGACCUUGGGCUCGUCGUACUGCCAGUCGUGAUGAUGUGGGGUGUACAUACCAGCACGGAUGUCAAAGUUCGCGUCAUGUCGCUCUUCAGCUGUCGUCUGUUGGUACCAAUCCUAGUGAUCCUCGAAAUUGUAUACUUGAAUAAACGAUUCGAGUCGAAUGAUAUAACUUGGUCGGUUGUUGAUUCCUCGAUGUGGGCGCAGAUAGCCAUGAACAUGUCAAUUGUUACAGCUUGCAUACCCAGUCUUAAGGGUGUCAUCGAUAUGUUCUGGUCCGGUGCUUCGCUGUUCACGAUACCUGGUCAGUACAGCUCACAAGAGGCGGACGGCACUUUCAAACUUCAAUCGAUUUUGCCCAGUCAGUUUCGCACAUACCAGACAGGGAGCGUCACGCGAACGAAAAAUGGAGAUUUUGACCCCCGACCGAGUCAAAACGAGGUCAUCUCCGCUGCUGGAGACCUGCGACAACGAGCCAAGUCGAAGCCUACGCGGAGCGAAAGCCAGGUCAGCUUGAGAGAAAAUGCCAUAACGCGUACCGUCGAGUACGAGAUCUACCAUGAGCCGGGCUCACCACCGCCUGCUCCAGGCGCAGGGCGGACAGCGGUCUCUGACAGCUUCUCGCAAGAUUCUGUUGAGCCUGAGGAACGACUUCUAUAA